AACAACAACAGCAAGUAGCACAGGUGAGGAGGGUGGAGCUAAGUAACCAAGAAAGGUGUGACAUAGACAAACACAAGCAGACUUAGUCCUACAGUACACCAUAAGGAAAUUCUCUAGAAACGAGGAAGGGGACGAAUAAGAGGGACCGAUGACACUGCAUAACAUUGGGAAUACAGUGGUGAUGUAUUCAACAAUGGGAUAUUAUUUUCAUCCUGGAAAACUAUCUGAAUAGAGAGAAUCUGAAACUGAACAUCACGGAGUAAGAUCACCUAUAACCACAGUGACCAGCAGGAUGGCGACCUCGUCCAGUUCUGCAUAUUCGGAAUGUAAAACUGGAGAUACAUUUUGCGAGAUACGGGUGUAUGAACAGGAAGUGAUAAUCGUACCGGUGCUGUUUUUGAUGGUUUUCUUGGUCACGCUGGUUUUUCUACUACUGCUGAGGUUCUGUCCUGAGAAGGUGGAUCGCCUGCAAAACCACUCAAGUCGAGCAACCAGGACUAGGAGAAAUUUGCAAGGCAUUGAUGCUCCCAUUGGUCUGAAUGCUCUGGAAGGUGAGCCAAUAGCACUGGGCACUACAUCUUACAUGACGUUCAACCCUACAUCACAAGUUCGAGACUCCUAUAGGCAUGACCCUGCCUCCUUAAACGCACACGUGGACUUUAUCGAUGGUGGAGGUUCUUUUGGGGCCGCAGCUUCAGCCUUCUCAAAGCCCAGGGAACUUCCACGUCAGCGACUGCCAGAGAACUUCAAAGGGGUGUCUCCUCUCCCAGCAUCAUACUCUCUGAAGUCAGACAGCUCCACCUCACUCUAUAGGGCUCGUAUGGAAAACAGAAACGUGGUGCUGCGUGUACUUAAAGAUUCAGCAAAUAACCAGGAAAGUCAGUCAUUCUUGGGCUUUGCGGCCUUCCUUUCCCAGUUAGGGCCUCAUCCCUUCUUACCAGAGCUUCUGGGAGUAAUAUCCCUGCGGGCUCCUCUCAUUACUGUUAUUGAAGAGAUAGAGAACAGAGAUCUGCUUGGAUUCCUGUGGAGGUGUAGACAGGAUAAUGUUGGACCAGACGGCAUGCAUCAGAUGACAGAGAGAAAGAUCUUCACCAUGGCCUCACAUGUAUCCUCUGCACUGGAGUUUCUCCAUAGCAAAGAUCUUCUCCACUGCAACAUCAAGGCUCGUAGCGUACUGGUCAGCAGGAUUUGUACCGCAAAACUCUGGGGUUUGGAUGAUUUAUAUGCAAGGACAUUAGAAAGUGCUAAUCACAGUGAAGAUCCUGGAAGAAAAAAGUGGCAGGCUCCUGAGCUAUUGGCCAAGAGACCUGCCACUCCAAAAAGUGAUGUUUGGUCAUUUGGGCUGCUGCUGUAUGAAAUGGUUACUCUUGGUGAGGUCCCCUUUGCUGAAAUCCCUGCAAAGGAACUUCUACAGUAUCAUCAGAGAGCCAAAACACUGAAGAAACCAAACAACUGCUCCAACUCACUUUACUCGAUUAUUAAAGCCUGCUGUCAGUGGAAGGAGCACGACCGCCCCUCAUUGGCUGAGGUCAGGCAUAAACUCCAGUCUGGAGAGAAGAGUGCCAAUGACAGCAGUAUUCUCCGUGUGCCUGAGCCAAUCAAUCUUGAACAGUAUCUGAAGGAGGCGGGAUAUGGAGAAUCCAACAACUACACAGUUUUCUGAACUCCAGAUGACUCCACAUACAAAUACAUCACAUCUAUAUAAAAACUCAGUUUUGUUUGUGGUGUACACUAACACGAUGCAUCUCCAGUGUGAUUCCUAAAGAGAGAAUUGACUGUCGACCAGCCAUACAGACGUAAAAAAAAAGUAAAGUAUGAAAUGUUAAUUUUAACGAAUACUUUCAAAUAUAAUCUUCUUUAAUGUUGCCAAAUUUUCUGAUUUGAUUUGUUAUCAAAUCACUAUUUUAUUGUACUGUGUGAGAUAUUUGAACCUGCUGGUGCUGUGGAAAGCUAGAAUUCAAAGUAAUGAACCGA